GCACCAACGGAACCAAACACGCCCGGAUUUCACACGAGUCGGUAUCCCGUGAGAGCGGAUAGACACCGGUCGCCGUGAGAGUCCCGGCCGACAACGACGCCGCGGCCACCCCAAAUCGGAAACCCAAACCCAAACAACUCAGCCCACGGGCGCCCGAGCACCACCGCAGAUUCCGCCGGACGGCGACGGAAACCCUCGACGCAGGCCCCCAUCGCCCCUCCCCCCGCCGCCGCCGCCCCUCCCGUUGCCUGCCCGCCCGCGCCGCGCCCAUGGCCGCCUCCUACUACAACCCGCCGCCUGCCAGGACCUCCUACGCUACCCUGCCCCCUCCCCCGCCGGGCACCUCUUCGUACGGCACGUAUCGCCAACACGAGCACGCCUACCUCGCGGCGCACCCGCCGCCCGCGUAUGGCGGCUACUUCGACCGCGCGGAGCCCCUGGCGCCGCCGCGCGACGAGCUGCGCACCCUCUUCAUCGCCGGCCUCCCCGCCGACGUCAAGCCCCGCGAGGUCUACAACCUUUUCCGCGACUUCCCCGGCUACGUCUCCUCCCACGUACGCUCCGGCAAAUCCACCCAGUCGUAUGCGUUUGCUGUGUUUGCAGAUCAGCCGUCUGCGCUAGCUGCAAUGAGUGUCACAAAUGGAUUGACAUUUGACCUUGAGAAGAACUGUUCUAUCCAUGUAGAUCUUGCAAAAUCUAAUUCAAGAUCAAACUCAUCAAAGCGCCCCAGAUCAGAUUAUGAGGAUUUCCCUAAAUCUACUGGGAAAAAAGCUAGAAGUCCAAGGGGACGUCCUGAUUCAGGUGCUGGAAGCAAUAUUCACAUGUCCGGAAUGGGUAAUUCUUCACACAGCUUGAAUGGCUAUCCUGCACAAAGUUAUACAGAUUUUGGUUCUAGUGCUGCUUUCAGCAAGGAUCCAGCAAUAUUUGCUCCUCAAAAUAAUCCGCCAUGUCCUACCCUUUUUGUUGCAAAUCUCGGUCAGACUGUUUCUGAUCGUGAGCUGAAUGAUGUUUUCUCAAGUUGUGAGGGAUUCAUAAAGCUGAAGAUGCAAAACAAGUUCGGAUCACCAGUUGCAUUUGUUGAUUUCAAGGAUGAUCACAGUUCAACUGAAGCCCUGAAACGUCUUCAAGGAGCUAUUCUACAUUCAUCAUCUGGCGAGGGCAUGCGUUUAGAAUAUGCUAAAUCCCGGAUGGGCCUUCGCAAGCAGCGUGACAGCCGGUCCUAAAUGCAGUGGAGGGUGGUGUUCGUCGUUGGCUGGCGCUCAAUUGCUGUUCAGUCCGAUGCCGUAAUGUCUGCGGUGGAAUGCCCUUGCUCGUGAUGUGUUAGGUUAUGGAAGGUCUUUCGGUUGCAUAACAUGAUGUAAUUGAUUUUAGCUGUAUCGCCUAGUUCUGAUUUGCACUACAACUCGCUCUUGGAUAGUUGGAUAUCCUGUUUCUGCAUCCUGUAUAAUAUUUCAGCCACGCGUUCCCUUCAGUUGAACUCUUAAUUCAGAGUGUUGUUUAAAAUGGGUAGAGGGGUAUUAUUCAGAAGGUUCAGACUUGAGACAGUGGUGUACCAUGGGUGGUCUGUUUCGGAUGUUUGUACGAGUUUGCCAAUGUGUUAGCUUCA